AUGGAUUUCGUAGAUACUAUACCUGUAACAUUUAGGGAAAUAACUCCUAAUUAUAAUAUCCCAGAAAAAUGGAAGGAAAUCUCUCUAAAUACCGGUGGCACACAUAGUACUUUGCAGGAUAUAAAACUUCCACAAAAGGCUGGAGGCUACUGGUAUAAAGAUUCAUUGAAGGCUAACACUAGAAACAGAUUUAUAUCUUGGCAAACCACUCCUGAUUCUAUUGAAUUGUCUGAAGCAUCACUUGAUGUCAAUUUAUCAGGAAGUUAUAUAAAAUGUAAGGUGGCCCCAGGGACUCCACCAUUGAACAAUAUAACUAUAUAUGAACGCCCAGCCACCAAAGAAAUAGUUAUCUUAGCAGCCACUGUCUCCUCAGUCCACAGACUAAUAUUCCCUCAUCCUGAGGUAUUAGAGAAAAAGUCUGCCUAUGGGUCUGUGUGUUCAUCAUCUCCAUCAAUAUUUAAUGACACAAGUGCCAUCAACAAUCCAAAUAAUUACUUUAUUUUAAACCAGUAUUCAAAUGCAACUACAGGGAUUGCCCACACAUGUGCAUCACUUUUGCGUGAUAAUGGUGAAGCACUUUUUGCAUUGGCCUAUGGUCUUAGUGGUGAGGGAGGUCUUUUGUUGGUACGAUUGCCAGUAUCAGGCUCAGCAGUGACUGUUCCUCUUAAACGGGAAUCGGCAGUACCUAGAUUCUUAUCAGGAAUUACUGGUGCUUUAAGAGGGAAAAGUAGUGAAGGGCUUGAAAUCUAUGGCGUCGUUCUUACUCCGAGCUUGGCAGUUGCUGUGUGUGGGGACACGUGCUUGCGUGCCUGGCAGCUGGACGACGGAGGCGCGCCGGCCGCUGUCUCCACUCCUCUUUUACAAACUGUAGCUAGGCCUAAACCACCUCCACAUGGACAUACAUUGCAGAAAAGUUUUUUGCCAGAUGGAAGCUUAAUGUUGGUUGCUUAUCUCUCUUUUCCCGAUGAAUGUGAGUUUGUUGUGAUGAAGAUGCAUGAUUCCGGAGCGGGCAUCAAAUUUUCACAUAUUUGCCGUAUUUUUGGACCACAGUUGGAUUUAUUGGAUUAUUCUAUUGGGUAUGGCGACGGCGGCAACGUCAUUUGGGCAUUGUGGAGUCAACCGGAUGGCGAAACAGUAAUCACAAGUAGCGCACUGGGCGCGGAGGUAUCUUGGCGCGCGGUAGCCGGACGUGAAUCGGCGCCUCCGCUGCCGCAGCUGCCCUCGCAUCAUCACUACCGCGACCGUCUAUUCGCGCCCGGUCUAUUCCCGCCCGCAGUUAUACGGAAAGCUCUUGUGAUAUAUCGUCGUACCUGGGGCAGCAAUGAGACUGCUCUAGAAGGUGAUCUUAGUGAAUCCGCAAUUAACGCAGUGCAGUUUCGCCUUAGGCAACUCACAGCACGUGCCUCUUCUCCUGAUCAUUCGCACCUUAUGCAUAAAUGCUGGUCUGAACUGUAUAGUUGGUGUAUGCAAUAUAUGGAAGGCUUGCAGAAACCACUAGGACUUAUGGUUUCAAGAAACUAUAACGAUUUAGAAAAUGGAUGGUGGUGCGCUGUAGUGCGUCGGGCUGGAGUUUCAUUUGUACGAGAAUUGGAACCGUUAGAGCGAAUGAUGCUUUCACCCGAUUCCACGUUACUGGAUGCCGGUUUAGGUGGUGGUGGUGAGUUGUCGUCGUGCGCGGUGCGCGUGGUGGCGGCGGGCGCGUGGUGGGAGCGCGCCGCCACGCUAGAGGGCGCGCGGGAGCUGGAGCGCCGCCUGUUCGCCGCCGCCGCGCCGCAGCACCGACUGCUGCCGCGCCUGCUGCAUCUGCUGCAGGCGCCGCCGCCCACCGCGCAGCACGCCGCGCCCGCGCCGGUAUUAACACCGCAGCAAGUGGAUGAAUUAACUACAAUAUUGGAACCCAUCAAAGAUCUACAGAAUGCAGUUCUGGAAUUGAAUGACGCUUUGAGGUUGGAUGUACCGGAUAUAGAUACAUCGAAAAAUGACGAAGAAGAAAGUAAUGAAUACGACAACUUGUUUGCUAGCGAUCUCGGUGUGUCCGUGGUCACGGAAGCUAUCCGCCAAAUGGCAGAAAUGAGGUCUCGGGUAGUAAGGGGGGCAUUAGCAGCGCUGGGCGUUGCUAGGGGCGCGGGCGGGGUCCCCGGCGCGGGUCACUGCGCAGUUCACUGGCAGGCGUAUCGCGCGCUACUGUGGCUACGGGCCGCCUCGUUGCAUCGACCUGCGUCUGGCUCCGCGGAAGCGUUCCGUCUCAAGUUGAGCGCACUGGGUGCGGACGCGGGCGCGGGCGAUAUGGGCGUGGUUGCGGGGGCGGAGUGCGGAGUGGUGGGGGCGUAUGCGAGGGGCGCGGGGGGGCGUCGGGCGAGGGCGCACCUAGCCGCCGCCCGGGCCCCGCUACUAUGGCACCAAGCAUUGCCGCUGCUGGCUUACCAUCUCGCUCACCAACUCUGGGCUGUGAGUGGAGGUUUCGAGUUUGGUUGGUGGUUGGCUACUAUCAACCAGCCACGGCUAGUUCAAAGCUAUGUUGCAAUGUUAGAACCGUGGUGUGAAUGGAAUGCGUGUUCACGGCAAUUCAUCUUGGGUUUAUCGUUACUCGACUUAGAAGAUACUGAAGGCGCAUAUACAGCUUUUUGCAAAGCGGCAAAAGGAGUCAGUACUGAACCUUUUUUGAGACAGCUAGUGGCUACACCUGACGCUCGCCUCACACAACAUCAAGCACUAGUACUAUAUUAUAUGAAGGUAAUAAAACUUUUCGAGAUACACGACGCCGGCGCGUGCGUGGUUCGUCUUGCUGAGACCGCCAUCAGCAUCGCUGACAAAGAUGACCCCAAUUUGGCGAUGUUCCAGUGGCUGGUAUUCAAGUGGCAUUUAUCAGGUGGUCGCGUGGAACGUGCACUGAGUGCCGCCGCCGCCAAUCCAGCGCCCACGGCACGUGCCGCUGCCGCUGCUACAUUACUUACUACACUGGCGUCCCGUAAGCAGCUGGGCGCGCUAGUGUCGUGCACCGCGCUCGCUGACGAGACGGAGAAGGCGGCGGCGGCUCGGGCCAAGUUGCACGACGCGCACACCGACAAUCCGUACUACGACUUCUUGUACGCGUUGCACGUGUCUAGACACCACUACCGGAAAGCGGCGGCGGUUAUGUACGAGCGGGCGGCCCGGUGCGCGGCGGAGCGCGGGGCGGCGGGCGGGGCGCGGCGGCGUUGCCUGGCGGCGGCGCUCACGUGCCUGCGACUAGCGCGCCCCGAACACGCCUUCCUCGCGAGACCCGACCCGCAUGCCACCGCCACCCCAACCGCCACACCGGCCCAACACUCGCCCACCAAUAAGAGUGUACAGAUUAUCGGCCCAGAAGAAUUAGCUGCUGAAUUACGAGAAGAGGAUCCGGAUUCAUUGAAUCCUGUACAAGAAGCUUUGCUCAGGAAUGAAAAUAUCGAUUUCGAUAAACUAUAUCCUCACCUGAAAGAUGCCGAUGCGGACACAUUAUUGGCUGUGACCAAAAGAGUGAUGAGCACUGGACAGUUUUUGCCUCAUUGGUUUCUUCAACGAUACAUGGUGGUGGACAGUAGCGGUUGCAUCCGCGCGUUGUACACCGGCGGUCGUUGCGCGGAGGCGGCGACGGCGUGCGCGCGGGCGGUGCGCGCGGAGAUGGCCGCGCUCCGGCCGCUGCCGCCCGCCCCGCGCGCCGCGCCCCUCGCCCUCGCCGCCCAACUGCUGCGAGACCUGGCACACCACACGCAACAACCAUACGUGCGACAGGUGUACGAAGAAUUGGAUACCGUCGUGAAAGAAUAUGUUGAGGUUGUUAUAAGAACAUCUAAAGAUAUGAAACUAGCUGCGGCGCAAUGA